AUGCGUCUCCAAUCAAUUUUGGUCACGAUCUUCUGCAUGCAAGUCGAAAUCCUCGAAUCAUACCGAACGUCAACUGCAGCUUGUAAUGACGUUAGUCUCCUCGGAGCCUUGAAACACCAGCAGGCUCCUCUAAAGCACAUUCCAGGAACUCAUUCUAAAUCAUCAACAUUCCUUUUGCAAUUGCGCUUGACUGAGAGUGGGGUUGUGUCCUGUGGCGUGCAAAUGAUAGAGAGCAAAAGUAGCAAAAAGUAG